UUCACCAAAAGUGCUACUAGGAAAAAGAUGGCCAGCUAUUUACAACCAAGAAAGAUUAGGUUCUCUGUGUGUGUGGGUGUGUAUACAUAUACACACACUUUUGUGGCCCUCUUCUUCUUCUAUCAAAUGACCCUUUGAUGUAUCGUAAUAUGGCAUUUUUCAGAAACAAACUGUUAUUUUGCCUCUUGCUUUUUUGCUUGACACCACUGGUUUUUUCACACAGUGUUAGCAGGCAUUACACGCCUCCCAGUGUCACUCCCUUAACCAAUCUUUUUACUCAUGUCUUAAUUGAUGAGGGCUUCUCUACAUUUUUUGGAGGAUCCAACAUCAAGAUCAUCAACAAUGGCUCCAUGGCCGCUAUCGCUCUUGACAAAUCAUCCGGCUCUGGAUUAAUCUCCCGGAACGAUUAUCACUACGGAUUCUUCAGUGCCGCAAUAAAGUUGCCGGCCGGAAUCUCCUCUGGAGUUGUACUGGCAUUCUAUUUGUCUAAUGCCAAUAAGUAUCCUCAUAAUCAUGAUGAGAUUGAUAUUGAACUUCUUGGUCAUGAUGAGAGAAACAACUGGGUUCUCCAAACAAAUAUUUACGCCAAUGGAAGUGUUACUACGGGAAGAGAAGAGAAAUUCUACUUCUGGUUCGACCCAACUGCACAACACCAUUAUUAUAGCAUCAUUUGGAACGUCCAUCAUAUAGUGUUUCUGGUGGACAAUAUACCAGUAAGAGAAUUUCCCAGCACGGGCGCCUUCUCUUCUGUGUACCCUUCAAAGCCGAUGUCAGUUUAUGUGACCAUAUGGGACGGAUCCGAUUGGGCGACCCAUGGAGGAAAAUAUCCAGUUAAUUAUAAGUACGCGCCUUUUGUUGCUUCAAUGGCGGAAAUGGAGAUGACUGGCUGCAUGUCAAAUGAAACUGUUCUUCCAAAUUCUAACUCGUGUUCAAAGACUAGUCAUUCAAGUAGUUCAAGAUCCGACCCGGUUUAUGGACAAGAAUUUGUUUCGCUGUCGGAACAACAAAUUACAGCACUGCAAUGGGCAAGAAGCAAGCUUAUGUUUUACUCGUAUUGUAAGGAUAUUUCUAGGUUCAAAGUCAUGCCAUCGGAGUGUAAAUAAAUAGAAAGACAUUUUAUUUUUUUAAA